CGCGCUCCGAUGGGACGACAGACGAUCGCCCCAGGGUCACCUGAGGCGCGUCGCGGGCCGUGCGCUGGAUGCUGUGAUCCGGCCCCGGUGCCGGGCUCCGCCGCGGCUGCCGCGAGUCGACCCCGCGGGACACAGGAGCCCAUUUUGCAGCUCUCAAGUUUUUGUAGAAUGCUGUGAAGAAUCCUCACAGCUGUUUUUCAAGUACAGAAAGUUGCAACUUCUUCCUCCUAACAGAACCCAUAUAGUUGCAUUCAAUGCCUAACAUUGCAGAAGCAGAAAGGGCCAAUGAUUCUGGAAAUGGUGAGCACAAUUCUGAAAGAAAGUCUCCUGAAGAGAGUCUACAAGGUGCUGUCCAGUCCUUCUGCACACGUGCCUCGGGAGCCCCACUGGGUCCCAAAGGAGAUGGUCAUUAUCCGUGGGGCUGUCCUGUGACCCAUACUCGGGAGAAAAUUUAUGCCAUCUGUUCAGACUAUGCGUUUCUCAACCAGGCAACUUCCGUCUAUAAAACUCCAAAUCCAGCCCGCUCUUCUCGCCUCCCUGAGAGUACCUCCUUACCCGCUGGGAGUAAUUCCUCAAGAUACAGGGGCAUCCCGACUAGUACUUCAGAAAUCAUCUACAGUGAAGAAAAGAGCUUGGAAAACUUAUCCAGCAGCCUAGGCAAGCUACCUCUUGCAUGGGAAAUUGAUAAAUCUGAAUUUGAUGGGGUGACCACAAAUUUGAAACACGUAUCAGGCAAUGUAAAGAAACAAAGUUCCAAGAAAAAAACUUCAGAUAAAAAAGGAAGACAUCAAAGGGAGUGGCCUCAGUAUUCUCCUCUUGAAGAUAUUAAACAGCGGAAAAUAUUAGACCUGAGACGAUGGUACUGCAUAAGCCGGCCACAAUAUAAGACUUCUUGUGGUAUCUCCUCAUUAAUUUCUUGUUGGAAUUUCUUGUAUAGCACAAUGGGAGCUGGAGCUCUUCCACCUGUUACCCAAGAAGAAGCUUUACAUAUUUUGGGCUUUCAACCCCCAUUUGAAGAUAUUAGGUUCGGCCCUUUCACUGGAAAUACAACACUUAUGAGAUGGUUUAGACAAAUUAAUGACCAUUUCCAUGUGAAAGGAUGCUCAUAUGUUCUAUAUAAGCCUCAUGGGAAGAAUAAAACAGCUGGAGAAACUGCUUCUGGCGCCUUGGCGAAGUUAACUCAUGGAUUGAAAGAUGAAUCACUGGCUUACAUCUAUCAUUGCCAAAAUCAUUAUUUUUGCCCAAUUGGCUUUGAAGCAACCCCUGUUAAAGCUAAUAAAGCAUUCAGCAGGGGUCCCUUCUUGUCACAAGAAGUAGAAUAUUGGAUCCUAAUUGGAGAAUCAAGUAGAAAACAUCCUGCUAUUCACUGUAAAAAAUGGGCAGAUAUUGUUACUGAUCUAAACACACAAAAUCCAGAGUAUCUAGAUAUCCGGCACUUAGAGAGGGGGCUGCAGUAUCGAAAAACAAAGAAGGUUGGGGGAAAUUUGCAUUGCAUCAUAGCAUUCCAGAGACUUAACUGGCAAAGAUUUGGCCUUUGGAACUUUCCAUUUGGAAACAUUAGGCAAGAAUCACAACCUCCAACACAUGCGCAGGGCAUUGCCAAGUCCGAGAGUGAAGACAAUAUCUCCCAGAAGCAUCGGGGGCGUCUGGGCCGGUCUUUCAGUGCUAGUUUCCAUCAAGACUCAUCAUGGAAAAAGAUGUCCAAUAUUAGCAUUUGGUUAAACCAAGCCCUUAAAGGAGUCCGGGAUCGCCAUGGGAACUCAAUAGAAAAUGCUCAUCUUCUCACCUUGUUUCAUCGGCUCUGCAAACUCUUAUUUUUUCGAAUUCGUCCUGUAUUUGUGUUUGAUGGGGAUUCCCCACUACUGAAGAAACAGACUUUGGCUAAGAGGAGGCAGAGAAAGGAUUUGGCAACCAGUGACUCCAACAGAACUACAGAGAAGCUUUUGAAAACAUUUUUGAAAAGACAAGCUAUCAAAACUGCCUUAAAAAGCAAAAGGGAUGAAGCACUACCCAGUCUUACUCAAGUUCGAAGAGAAAAUGAUAUCUAUGUUUUGCCUCCUUUACAAAAGGAAGAAAAGAACAGUUCAGAAGAGGAAGAUGAAAAAGAAUGGCAAGAAAGAAUGAAUCAAAAGCAAGCACUACAGGAAGAGUUCUUUCAUAAUCCUCACGCGAUAGAUAUUGAGUCUGAAGACUUCGGCAGCCUGCCCCUCGAAAUAAAGCAUGAAAUUUUGACGGAUAUGAAAGAAUUUACCAAGCGAAGAAGAACAUUAUUUGAAGCAAUGCCAGAGGAGUCUAAUGACUUUUCUCAGUACCAGCUCAAAGGCUUGCUUAAAAAAAACUAUCUAAACCAACACAUAGAAAACAUCCAAAAGGAAAUGAAUCAACAACAUUCAGGACAAAUCCAAAGGCAAUAUGAAGAUGAAGGGGGCUUUCUGAAGGAGGUAGAGUCAAGGAGAGUGGUCUCUGAGGACACCUCACAUUACAUCUUGAUAAAAGGUAUUCAAGCUAAGAAAGUUUCAGAAGUGGAUCCAGAGUCUCUUCCUUCUUCCAGUGAAACACAUCACAAGUCUUUUGACACGAAGUCCUCUCCGUGUGAAAAACUGGAGCCAGAGGCAGAGCCUGAUGCUGCCCCUGCUUCCCCAGGAACACUGCUGGCUCUGCAGGCUGCCCUGCUGGGAAGUGGCUCGGAGGAGGAGCUGGACGCUGAGAGUCCGCAGCAGUCGGAUGUGAGGAACGGACCUGCUACCAAAGACGAGGGCUCGGUCUCCCCACUCACUCUCUUAGCAAUUCAGAAAGCUCUUGAUGAUGAUGAUGAUGUGACAGUGCACGCCGGCAAUGACCUGCAGAGGAGAGGGUCAGGAGCCCAAACAACCCAUGUGAGCAGUUCUGAUGAGGAAACUGAUGAAAGACUUGAAGUGACAGAUGCAAAAGGAAUGCAGUCGAUGACGGGGCCCCACUCGGGCAGCGGGGGCUCUGUAGAGGAGCGCGUGACCAGUGCUAACAAUGACGCAGAGCUGCCAUGCUCAGCUCGUUGGUCAGGUACUGUCUUUUGUCAAGGCAGUGAAUCUAGUGUUCCAGAAGAACAAGUGUCAUCUGUUCACGUGGCCCGUGAAGCCUCUCAGGCAAGUGAGGAGUCUACGGUUAAGGACAGAAAAGAGCCGGUUCCUUCGGGAGGCCCAGUGGUGAUGCCCAGCAGGGCACCUGGGCUCCAGAGUGGGAGGGGACUGACUGCAGCACCUCCUCCAAGUCCACGCUCUCUGUCAAGGGAUGACACGUAUACCAAAGCACUUGAGCUACAAGAUCCUUGUCCCUCCGAGAGUAAAUAUGAUUCCUCUGUUAUUGCAAGUGAUGGUGAAACAGAACGUGAAACAAAUUCUGCUUCUGAAGUCAUCAGCACUGUCAGUUUGCAAGAAACUAGUAAUAUGCCAAGUGUCCCUUCAGAGACAAUAAGUAACUUAGAAAAUGCAGUAUCAUUUCAUGCUAUAGAGCAUGAGAAUUGCCUAAAAACCAUCCAAGAACAUGAGAUGUUGGGAUCUGCAGGCCAGGAUUUAAUUUCAACUCCCAAGUCCAUGGAGCCAGUGGAAAUUCACUCUGAAGAAAGUGAAUCUGAUGGAAGUUUCAUUGAAGUGCAGAGUGUAAUCAGUGAUGGUGAACUUGAAGCUGAGUUGCAUGAAGCUUCCCAACCUCCUCCUGGACAAGAUGAAGGGGAACUAAUAGGAACUGAGAAGGAAGAAGCCUCCGGUGACUCUGAUGGGCUCCUAAGAGACAACUCUGAGACGGAAGCCUUGGGGCCGGAGCCACAUGAAGAAGCUGAGAAAGAUGCAGAUGAUUCACCCAAUGAAUGGCAAGAUAUUAAUUUGGAGGAGCUGGAAACUCUGGAGAACAGCCUCUCAGCCCAGCAGGACUCGUUGAAAGCUCAGAAACAGCAGCAAGAGCGGAUUGCUGCCACGGUGACGGGACAGAUGUUCCUGGAAAGUCAGGAACUGCUUCGCCUGUUCGGCAUUCCCUACAUCGAGGCUCCCAUGGAAGCAGAGGCUCAGUGCGCCGUCCUGGAUCUGACUGAUCAAACUUCCGGAACAAUCACUGAUGAUAGUGAUAUCUGGCUGUUUGGAGCACGGCACGUCUAUAAAAACUUUUUUAAUAAAAACAAGUUUGUAGAAUACUACCAAUAUGUGGACUUUCACAACCAAUUAGGAUUGGACCGGAACAAAUUAAUAAAUUUGGCCUAUUUGCUUGGAAGUGAUUAUACCGAAGGAAUUCCAACUGUCGGUUGUGUUACAGCCAUGGAAAUUCUCAAUGAAUUCCCAGGACAUGGCCUGGAACCUCUCCUGAAAUUCUCAGAGUGGUGGCACUGCGCUCAGAAAGAUAAGAAGAUAAGGCCUAAUCCUUAUGACACCAAGGUGAAAAAAAAAUUACGCAAGUUGCAGCUCACGCCUGGCUUUCCCAAUCCCGCCGUGGCGGACGCUUACCUCAGACCCGCGGUGGACGACUCCAGGGGGUCGUUUCUGUGGGGCAGACCCGAUCUCGACAAAAUCAGGGAAUUUUGUCAGCGGUAUUUUGGCUGGAACAGGGCGAAGACAGAUGAGACUCUGCUUCCAGUAUUAAAGCAACUGAACACCCACCAGACACAGCUCCGAAUUGAUUCUUUCUUUAGAUUAGCUCAACAGGAAAAACAAGAUGCCAAGAGUAUUAAGAGCCAGAGACUCAACAGAGCUGUGACGUGUAUGCUGAGGAAAGAAAGAGAAGCAGCAGCCGGUGAACUAGAAGCAGCGUCGGUCGCCCUGGAGAAGGAAGUUGGGCUCCUUGAUAAGGCAAAAGGGGAAACCCGGAAGGGAAGCAUAGCGAAUAAAUGGGAGGAGGCAUCAGGCUUGAAGAGAAAAAGGCUCUCAGAUUCUCAAGGAGCGCGUGCACCGGGCGGGUUCGUGGGGGAGGCCUACCUCUCACACUCAUCGGACGCAUCUUCCGGUGAGGAUGCCGAGUGCUUAUCUUUAAUGAACGUGCCAAGGGGAACAGCGGCUGCUGCAGAGUCAAAAGUCAGCUCUUCAGAUGUGCAGACCCCCGGGAAGCCUGCUCCUGUCGGGGGUCAAGGGGUGACUACGAGCAGUUCUAGCGACGACGAUAGAGAGCAGACGGCACCCAUCCUGGUGACGGCCAGGUCUGUGUUUGGAAGGAAAAGGGGGAAACUGAGAAGUACAAGAAGAAAGCGGAAAACCUAGUUCAGACAUGUAUGUGUCUCUGUAACUGCAUGUGACUCCACAUUUCUUAAUGAAUUUGAUGUGAGGAAAUAAUAAAAUUAAAGGCAUUUGCACAGA